UAUAUUGCACAUCCCUGAAAUUUUCUUCGCGUGCGUGUCUGACGAGCUACAGCUCUUUGCAUUUUUUUUUUGUAAAUUUAAUUAAACGUGCGCCAAAUAUGGCAAACACACCGCAAGUAGUCAAAUUAGAGGAUAACGCCGAAGAGCCCGAGAUAUUUGAAAUCAAAGACGAAGAUGACAUUUGCGAAUUGGAGCACUUGCGCAAGCUGUUUAUUGGCGGCCUGGCGCCCUACACCACAGAGGAGGGCCUCAAAGUGUUCUAUUCCCAGUGGGGCAAGGUGGUCGAUGUUGUUGUGAUGCGAGAUGCCGCCACUAAGCGUUCACGUGGCUUUGGGUUUAUUACCUAUACAAAGUCCGCCAUGGUAGAUACUGCGCAAGAGAACCGACCGCAUAUCAUUGACGGCAAAACUGUGGAGGCAAAACGCGCACUGCCGCGUCCGGAGCGUGAGACACGUGAAACGAACAUAUCGGUUAAAAAGCUUUUUGUCGGCGGUUUAAAGGACAAUCACGAUGAGGAUUGCCUACGCGAAUAUUUCCUGCAAUUUGGCAAUGUGGUGUCCGUGAAAUUGCUGACAGACAAAACUACCGGCAAGCGUCGAGGCUUUGCCUUCAUCGAAUUCGAUGACUACGAUGCCGUAGACAAGGCAAUACUUCAAAGACAGCACUCGAUAAAAUACGUGCUCGUCGACGUUAAAAAGUCCAUAUACAAUCUGGAAAAGAAAGACAGAAUGGCUCAGGGCGCCACAGCCAACGGCAACAAGAUGCCGCAGCAACAGCAGCCGCCGCCUAAAACAAACAUGCCCCCAACUGGCUACCGUCCCCAAGUGCCUCCGCCGCAGCAAAUGCCGCCGUAUCAGCAUCAACCGCCGCCGCCACCCAUGACCGCUCCGCCACCAAACUACAACUAUUGGGGGCCGCCGCCGCCCAUGCAGCCUUAUUACCAGCAGCCGCCGCCGCCUCAAAUGAAUGCGUGGAAUGCUUAUCCGCCCGCACAGAAUGGCUGGAAUGCACCACCGCCACCACCACCCGGUGCUCAGCAGUGGCAUCCCAACCAGUGGGGCGGUCCGCCAGCGGUACAGCCGCCCACACCUGGCGUGCCACCCGCUGGUCAUCAUCGCAGCGGUCCACCGCCGCAAGUGGUGGGCAACUGGAAUAUGCCGCCGUCUGGGGCGCCACCAGUACCUGGUUCCAUGCCGGUAGCACAGGGCCCACCACCACAUCAGCCGCCACCACCACAGCAGCAGCAGCAGCCGCCGCCGCCAAACUUUGGCAGCGGCUAUCAACAGAACUAUGGCGGCGGCCCAACUAAACACAACAACAUGAAUGGCAACCGCAUGAAUCCGUACGCAGCACCACCCAGCAGCUAUCACAACGCGCAGCCACCAGCACCCGGCUAUGCGCCCUACAAUGCCGCAGCUCCGCCGCCCAGUGGCGGUGGCCCACCCUCGGGGCCCGUACCUAAGAAUAUUUCAAAUGGAUCGGUGGCCACCGGGGGUAGCGCGAACAGCAAAUAUCGUCGUUAGUCGGGAUGCCUUUUUGUGUGUGCCUUAAGUGCAGCACAAAAGCUCAGAAUUCAAGAUACAAAUACAGAUACUGAUACUGAUAAAUAGGCUCGUAGUAAGCUAGGACACACACUCGCUUAGUAACUUAAAAACAGGAUAAAUAUAAUAUAUUAACUGCGUUGUCUCUCUUUCUAUAUAUAUAUAUAUAUAUGUAUCUAUACGUUUAUAUCUAACUGAGCGUACGGCAACAACUAACUAAAGUUUUUAACUCCUUAACUUAAGCUCUAAUGUUAUUUAUUGAACGAUUGAUAUCCAACUAUGUUUGUAUUUAAGCGAUACUCGGCCUAUUAAUAAGACAAAUAUUUGAUACAACUGUGAGUUGUAGCGAAAAUCGUUUCAUUUCAUUUACUGUUAACUUGCCAUGCAUAAUUUUCUCUCUCAAAAAAAAAAAAAAAAAAAA